AUGGAGGCGCCGCCCGCGGGCCGCGUUCCCGCCGAGGGCGCCCCGCCGCCGGCCGUGGCCGAGGUGCGCUGCCCGGGCCCCGGGCCGCUGCGGCUGCUCGAGUGGAGGGUGGCGGCGGGCGCGGCCGUGCGCAUCGGCUCCGUGCUGGCAGUGUGUGAGGCCGCCGCCUCCGCGCAGCCCUCCGGUCCCGCCCCCGCCCGCGCCGGGUCCGGGGGCUGCGUGCGCGCCGAGCGCAGGCUGAGGUCGGAGCGCGCCGGCGUGGUGCGGGAGCUGUGCGCGCAGCCGGGCCAGGUGGUGGCCCCCGGGUCGGUUCUGGUGCGGCUGGAAGGAUGUAGCCACCCGGUUGUCAUGAAAGGCUUGUGUGCCGAGUGUGGCCAAGACCUGACCCAGCUGCGGAGCAAGAACGGGGGGCAGCAGGGGCCUCUGUCCACGGCCACGGUGUCGAUGGUGCACAGCGUCCCCGAGCUCAUGGUGAGCUCCGAGCAAGCUGCAAAGCUGGCAAAGGAGGACCAGGAGCGGCUGCACCGGAACAGGAAGCUGGUGCUCAUGGUGGACCUGGACCAGACGCUGAUCCACACGACAGAACAGCACUGCCAGCAGAUGUCCAACAAAGGCAUCUUCCACUUCCAGCUGGGCCGGGGCGAGCCGAUGCUGCACACGCGCGUGCGCCCGCACUGCAGGGAGUUCCUAGAGAAGAUCGCCCGGCUGUACGAGCUGCACGUCUUCACGUUCGGGAGCCGGCUGUAUGCCCACACCAUCGCAGGCUUUUUAGACCCCGAGAAGAAGCUUUUUUCUCAUCGAAUAUUAUCGAGGGACGAAUGUAUUGACCCAUUUUCUAAAACGGGGAACCUCAGAAAUCUCUUUCCCUGUGGAGACUCCAUGGUUUGCAUUAUUGAUGACCGAGAAGAUGUCUGGAAGUUUGCCCCCAAUCUGAUCACCGUGAAGAAAUACGUCUACUUCCAGGGCAUAGGGGACAUCAACGCCCCCUCUGGGUCUCGGGAGUCCCAGGCGAGAAGGAAAGUAAAUCCAUCUCCGAGAGGGGCCGAUGUUCCAGAACAAGCUCUGUCUGUCAGGGAGACCGAGGAGGGCCGGCCAGGCUCUGGGGUCGAGCAGAGUAAUAGUCUUGGGAAGCCCACGAGGGAGCUCAACGGGAGAGCUUCUGCCCGGGGGGACUGGCCCCUGCCUGGGCAGGAGGAGGAGAGAGGCAGCCGACCCACUGCCCGUGGCCCCUUGACUGAUGGCAAGGGGCCCCCAGUGUGUGCUCAGCAACCUGAUCGGACAUUGCUGGAAAAGCGGGCCGCGCAGGGCACAGCAGGCGGUGACCUGGACUUUGACCUUUCCAGUGACAGCGAGUCAGACGCCCAGUCGUUGUCUGACGGUGAAAGUGGGGAGAAGAGGAGCCUGGAAAGGCCUCAGGGAGCGCAAGGUGCAGGGAAGGUGGUACAGCGGGGUGGCCCACCCGGCCCAGGAGGGGAGAGGCCAUGCGGAGAGCCAGCCCCAGGCCUGCACCCCGACGUGCAGGAGGAGGGUGAGCGGGACGGCCUCUGUGGGCUGGGCGGCGGCUCUGCCGACCGGAAGGAGGCUGAGACGGAAUCACAGAACAGCGAGCAGUCCGGGGUCACCGCGGGCGAGUCCCUGGACCAGAGCGUGGAGGAGGACGACGAGGACGAGGACGACGGGGACGGGGAUGACCACCUGGUCCACCUGGAGGACAUCCUCGCCCGGGUGCAUUCCGACUACUACGCCAGGUACGACCGGCACCUCCUCGGGGACAGCCCGGAGGCCCCCGACAUCCGGAAGAUCGUGCCGGAGCUCAAGAGCCGGGUGCUGGCGGACGUCGUCAUAAUAUUCAGCGGGCUGCACCCGACCAACUUCCCGGUGGAGAAGACGCGGGAGCACUACCACGCCACGGCCCUCGGAGCCAAGGUCCUCACGCAGCUGGCGCUGGACCCCGGCAGCCCCAACAGGGCCACCCACUUGAUUGCGGCGAGGGCAGGCACGGAGAAGGUGCGCCAGGCCCAGGAGUGCGGGCAGUUGCACGUGGUCAACCCCGACUGGCUGUGGAGCUGCUUGGAACGCUGGGACAGAGUGGAGGAGCAGCUCUUCCCGCUCAGGGAGGACUACGCCCGAGUGCAGAGGGAGGAUGGCCCAGCCGCCUUUCCUGACAGGCAGGGCGCACUACCGGCUGCCUUGUUCCACCCGACGCCUGUGCAUCCCCGGGCCCAGGCUGGGCCGGACGUUCGCAUCUAUGACGCCAACACGGGCAAGCUCAUCCGGAAAGGUGCUGCGGGCCCCGGGCCCCCUGGCUCCCUGGCAGUGCACGCGGAGCACUCCUCCUUCAGAGUGGUUCAGCCGCCGCGGCAGACGCUUGCUCAAGAGCUGCCGGACAGCCGACCCGGAGAGCAGCCCGGCCCCAGUGGACGGAAGCGACAGCCCAGCCUGUCGGAGACAAUGCCGCUGUACACCCUGUGUAAGGAGGACUUAGAGAGUAUGGACAAAGAGGUGGAUGACAUCCUAGGAGAGGGCAGUGAUGACAGCGACAGUGAGAAGAAGAGGCCAGAGGAGGAGCGGCAGGAGCGGCCCCCACCCCGGGAGCCCCAGGCCACGCUGGAGGCCACGCCGUGCGGGGAGAGGACCACCGCAGGCAGCCGGGGGCCCAGGGGCCACAAGCGUAAGCUGCCCGAGGAGGACGUCGGCGGCGCGUCCAGCGGCGCGUCCAGCGGCGCAUCCAGCGGGGAGGACGAGGAGGGCAGCAGCUCGGAGGCGGACGAGAUGGCGGCGGCGCUGGAGGCCGAGCUCAACGACCUCAUGUGACCUGUGGGGCACGGGGCGGGCGUGCACUCCGUCCCCGGAGGGCUCCAGGCAGCGUGGGCCCUCGGAUGUUCUCUCUUCUCCAGAAAGGCGUGUAUAUUGGCGGAGCUCCACAUACAGAAACACAUAAUUUUGCAGAAAUAGAUGUUUUUAGAGGUUUUA